CGGUGUAGAAACUGAACCGCUAGAGGUCCCGCCCACUCGCUCGCUCGCGCAACCGGAGACUUCACGGAGGGUUCCGCUGCUGUCAGACUCUAUUGCUCAACGUUUGCCAGACUUGGAUAAGAGUGGACGGAGGGACUUGGGGCCGGAGAAGGGAUUCUCGAGCUGAUUUUUGUGGAGACUCUCGCCAGUGGAUUGUGAUCGUUCCGCAAGAUGUUAACAGGUGGGCAGGAGUCGCGUGGAUUACUUGUGGAUUAAUGUGAUGUUUUUAUCAGCUGUUUGGACUCUCGUUCUGACGGUACCCAUUGACUUCAGCGGUUGAAUUAAGGCUGGACAGUGGUGAUGUCACUGCAAAUGAGCGAGGCAGAGGGGGCUGUGAAGGUGGAGGAGUGGCAGCAGACGUUUUACACAUCAGACUCGGGCAUUCAGUCCGGAGCCACCACCAUUCGAGACGAGGACGAGUCUGAGAUCAGCAAGAAGUACAGCGUCAGUGCCAGCGCUGGCGAGAGCGCCACAGAUAUCGAGGCUCAGUACAGUCUAACUCGAGCUCAGAGAGUACGCGCGGCCAUGUUCCCCGAGACGCUGGUGGAGGGAGAGACGGUGCUCACCACGCAGAGCAAUCCAGACCAGCCCACCAAUGUCCAGAGACUGGCUGAACCCUCGCAGCUCCUCAAAACAGCCAUCGUCCACCUCAUCAACUAUCAGGAUGACGCUGAGCUGGCCACCCGCGCCGUACCAGAGCUCACCAAACUGCUGGCCGACGAGGACCAGGUGGUGGUAAACAAGGCAGCUCUGAUUGUGAACCAGCUUACACGGAAGGAGGCGUCUCGCCGCGUGCUCAUGCAGUCUCCUCAGAUGGUGUCGGCUGUGGUGAGGGCCAUGCAGAACACCGGAGACCUGGAGACGGCGCGCUGCGCUGCCAGCGUCCUGCACAGCCUCUCCCACCAGCGCGAGGGACUGCUAGCCAUCUUCAAAUCAGGCGGCAUCCCCGCGCUAGUGCGCAUGCUCAGUUCCCCUAUGGAGUCAGUGCUGUUCUACGCCAUUACCACGUUACACAACCUGUUACUGCACCAGGAGGGAGCCAAGAUGGCGGUGCGUCUGGCCGAUGGACUGCAACGGAUGGUCCCUCUUCUGAAAAAGAGCAACCCUAAGUUCCUGGCCAUCACCACAGACUGCCUGCAGCUGCUGUCUUACGGCAAUCAGGAGAGCAAGUUGAUCAUCCUUGCAAAUGGAGGGCCUGAAAGUUUGGUGUUCAUUAUGAGAAACUAUAACUACGAGAAGCUCCUGUGGACCACCAGCAGAGUCCUGAAGGUGCUUUCUGUCUGUCCAAGCAACAAGCCGGCUAUUGUUGAUGCUGGAGGUAUGCAGGCUCUCGGCCAACAUCUCACAGGUUCGAGUCAGCGUCUGACACAGAACUGCCUGUGGACCCUGAGGAAUCUCUCUGACGCUGCAACCAAGCAGGAAGGUCUGGAUGGUCUCCUGCAGAUCUUAGUGAGUCAGCUGGGUUCAGACGACGUGAACAUGCUGACCUGUGCUACUGGCAUCCUGUCAAACCUCACCUGCAACAACGCGCGCAACAAAGCCCUGGUCACCCAGAGCGGCGGGGUGGAGGCGCUCAUUCACGCCGUGCUGCGGGCCGGAGAGAAGGAGGACGUGGCCGAGCCGGCCGUCUGCGCCCUGCGUCACCUCACGAGCCGCCACCCUGACGCAGAGCUGGCCCAGAAUGCAGUGCGUCUGCACUAUGGCAUCCCCGCCAUCACCAAGCUCUUAGGCCAGCCGCACUAUUGGCCUGUGGUAAAGGCCACAGUGGGUUUGAUUCGUAACUUGGCCCUGUGUCCGGCCAAUCAGGCGCCUCUGAGAGAAUCUGGGACAAUCCCUCGACUGGUCAACCUGCUGCUGAAAGCUCAUCAGGAAACUCAAAGACACGGCUCAGGGGCCCAGCAGACCUAUCAGGAUGGCGUACGCAUGGAGGAGAUCGUGGAAGGCUGUACAGGCGCUUUGCAUAUACUGGCCAGAGAUCCCAUCAACCGAGGGGAGAUCGCCAGCAUGCAGACCAUUCCUCUGUUUGUGCAACUUCUGUACUCCUACGUGGAGAACAUAAAGCGCGUGUCUGCCGGUGUUUUGUGUGAACUGGCUCUGGAUAAACAGUCUGCUGAGAUGAUCGACGCGGAAGGAGCCUCUGCACCUCUAAUGGAGCUCCUGCACUCUCCCAAUGAGGGGAUCGCCACGUAUGCCGCAGCUGUUCUCUUCCGCAUCUCUGAGGACAAGAGUUCAGACUACAGGAAGCGUGUGUCAGUGGAGCUCACUCAUUCCCUCUUCAAACAUGACCCCGCCGCCUGGGAAAUGGCACACGCCGCCAUGCCGCUCGACCCUGGAUAUAUACCAGAUGAUCUGGACGCAGUUUACCCUCCAUAUGGUUAUUCUGAUUUACCCAUGGACGGCCUCCCGCUGGACGCCGAGCUACAUGAGCAAUACAUGCCAGAAAUGACCUACGACCCUCGACAGGUGUACCCAAAUCCUCUUUAACAACACUGCCAGCAG